AUGGAGAAAAAAUAUGCUGAAAAAACUGAUAAUGAGCGUGAACAGUACUCUGAUAUACUGAAAACUGAUCGGAUAGGAGAUAAGAUAACAAACAAGACUUCUGACAGCAAGAUAGUUCCAAGAGUAGUAGUUCAGAUGCAUGAGGACGCCGAGGUUGACAGGCGACAUCUGAUAGAUGACACUAAUUUCAAAUUCAAAGCAAAACAACAACAACAAAGUAAAUUCACGUCAACAUCAAAGAAUCAGGGCAAUAAAGAAAUACAUAUCAGAAAUAUUAAUAAUGAAACAUCAUACAAUCACGACGGUUUUGAAAGAGUUCAACGCAGAAGACCUAAAUCUAGACGACUUGGCACAACGAGAGUCUCCGAAGAAGAGGAAAAAACAGGUUUUGUUGGAGCUGAAAGAAGAGCAUGGAUAUAUCUUUAUAGAAUAAAACGACAUGUUAAAGCUCAACAAGUAGAAGAAUAUGUGAAGAAAAACCCGGCUUUCACCAAUGAAAAGGUCGAAGUGAAAGAGUUACCAAAUAAUAAAUCAUAUCAGAGGGACCCACAGAAGCAUGUGAAGAACAACCAUGAAUACUCUAAUAAGGUGGGUAACUACAGCAUUAUUCAUCAAAAUAUACAAUCUUUGGGAAACAGUAUAGAUCAGGUUGAACAACUUUUGAGGGAAAAUACAGAAACUUUAAUACUUUGUAUUACAGAACACUGGAGGUCAAGAAAUCAAAUCACUCAGAUUGGUAUUCAAGGCUUCAGACUAAUGUCCUGUUUUUGCAGAGAGGAGGGAAAGCAUGGAGGAUCAGCCAUUUACAUCAAAGAUUCUAUAGUAUGUAGAGAAUACAAAAAUACAAAUAAGCUAUCCAUACUUGGAGAAUUUGAAUGUUGUGCUGUUGAGUGUUCUCUGAAAAAGAUUAACAUUAUUGUCCUAUGCAUCUAUCGACCACCGGGCGGUUCAAUUGAGGUAUUUUUUAACCAGCUAGAGAAUAUUCUUUCCAACCAGAUAAACCUUGAAAGUACUAUUUUUAUAACAGGGGAUUUCAACAUUGAAAUGCUGGACGAAAAUAGAAAUAAGCUCAGACUGGCUACAAUGCUCAAUUUCUACUCCAUCAGAACAACUGUUGUUAACUACACCAGAGUAACUGAGCAAACUAAAAGCUGCUUAGAUAACAUAUGUACAAACCUACAUAAUGGACACACAUCGGUAAUUCUUGCAUCACAUGUAUCUGAUCACUUUGGGCAGAAAUUUGUGUUCAAUAUAGACAAAAAUGAUGAAAGGAAAUUUGUUCGCAAAAGAUUUCUCUUCGAUGAAGCAAAUAGAAUUAACUUUGUAGACCAACUGAAACAACAAACAUGGGAGGACAUACUUGUAAUCGAUAGGAAGGAUGUGAAUGAGCAGUGGAAAACUUUUAUCAAUGUCUAUUUGAACAUAUUCAACCAAAGCUUUCCACUUACCAGAAUUCAUUCCAAUAACAACAAGAAAUACAAGAAGAGUGAACGUGCUGAGGAAAUCAAACAUCAAUUAGAUAUUUUACUAGUACUUUUGACUGAUAACCCAUCUCUCAAGGAGCAAUACAAAAACAUGAAAAAGUAUUAUGACAGCAUAUUGAAAGAGGACAAAAAGAAAUAUCUUCAGGAUAGAAUAAUGAAAUCAGAUUGCAAAAUGAGAUCCAUGUGGACCAUAUGUGGAGAGUUAACAGGGAAAAAUAAACACAGAGAAAAUAACAUCGAUGAAGAUCCAAAAUCAUUGCCAGACAAAUUUAACAUACACUUGAUUGAAGCAGUCCAAAAACUAGUAGAUGAAGUGCAUCAUCAGAAUUUCUUCUGUGAUAUAGAAGAGAAUGAUCAGUCGCUGUUCUUGAGACCUGUAAAUACUGGGGAACUAGUUAACCUGUGUUCCAGACUGAAGAACAAACAUUCCAGCGGAUAUGAUGACAUUCCAACCAGUAUUGUCAAACUUUCACUUGUACAGAUAGCAUCAGUAUUGUGUUACAUCAUCAACAACUCCAUGAAAUUUGGGAAAUUCCCUGAUCAGUUGAAAUUUGCCCUCAUAAAACCCAUAUAUAAGAAGGGAGACCGUAAUAGUCUUGAUAGUUAUAGGCCAAUCAGCUUGCUGCCCUCAUUCUCCAAAAUUUUCGAACUGGUAAUGUGCACAAGAUUGUUGGAUUUCUUCAAAAAAUGUAAUCUGUUUUUGGACUCGCAACAUGGUUUCCUGAAAGGUAAAUCUACAAAUACUGCCAUCUAUCAUUUUAUCUUAGCAAGGCCUAUGAUUGUGUGA